GGCGUCUUCGUGCUGCAUAUGAAGGUGAAAGAAAAAGCCCUCCCACCAGACGUUGAAGGAAAUUUGUGUUGGGUGGACUUAGCCUAAUCCGGGAGUGGUGCAUGCGCAAGUGGUUGUUCUUUUUCAGUUCAUACGAGAAGAGAACAGCGGAGGGUAGUGACUUCGAUCAUAGCAACAGUGCAGGUUGCGAUCGCGCAUAGCAGCAGUGCAGAUCGCGCAAGAAAAAAGAAUUUUGCAAUGCCCGCCAAAGGAUUAGGAUGCAAAGACAAUAUUUGCAAACGCGAGACCACGAGAUGCCGGCCUUUUCGCCUUCUUGUAAGGGAACCCUGCGUUGUUUGUAAGCACACAAAUGAACUCACAUCAUGA